UUAUGGUGUUCGUGAGUACUCAGAAAGGGUUUAAACACUGAAUUUUGAACCAAUUUCUUCUGGUAAACUCCUAGAUGUGGAUUCGGACGGCAAUUAAAUUGCCACACGACCACACGACCCCCGGGUAAUUCGGGGAUUUUUACAGUGGUGGUGACAGAUAAACACCGACAUUCUGGAUUCGGACGGCAAUUAAAUCUCCGACUACCCCCUGUAAAUGGUGAAAAUCACUUAUGUCCCCAGAAACAAUUACCGUCCAAAUAGGGCUAUUGACAUACUAGACAAAAGGGGCACUUUUGUACAGCCUCUUACCACAAGGAGGAAUACACUGAGAAGGUUAUGCGCCACAGAUCACAACAUCCAACCAAACAGUGAGGACGCAUCAUACCGGCCAGAUUUGUGAUAAUGGAAACGAAAACUAACAGCAGAAUGGACACUGUGGACACUUCUCUCGCUGAUUCCACGGAGACGAGGACUGAAAUAAGCAGUUUAAUAGAAAAAUUUACGGUCGAGAGUUUUGGGCACGGCAGGUCCGUGCGUAAUUUUGGAGAAACGGGGUCUUUACGCAGCGGCGCGCCUGGAUCAAGCAGCGACGCUCUGGAUCAGCUCUCUUUCCUUGACUUGCCUCACGGUUCCAAAACGUAUUCUGACCACAUGGAUGAAUUUCUGAAAGCCGAAAGCGGACAGUGGAGCGCAAAAGCGCUUCUGCCCAAGGAGACAGCUGCUUCGGAGAGUGCGUUUAUCAAAGAUGAGAAUGAGCAGUCUCUCAUUAUGGAACCACCCAACACUGAUUUCGACCUCGGCUUAAACAUCAGCGCCUUGGAAAGCUGCUACGACCCAGCCGAAAAGAAACAGCGGUGUGACUUUAUUGAGGAGUCUUCAGCUUUGCUCUCAUCUCAAGUUGCCCAACAGGUAGUUGUGGACACUUCAUCUAACUUUCAGUUAGACAUGAAUCAAUCUACAUUGGUUUUGCCACCUCCGAGAAGAGUAUCACCUUCUCUCGGUAGAGGUAUGUUGAAUUUCGAUGGAGCGAGCACAGCUUCCGCGAUGUCCAAAACGGACAUUUCCAAAUGGGUUUCACCCGCGGACUUUCCGUUCUGGUAUCCAACCCCUAAUGAAGAGCGCGCUGGAUACUCUUCACCAGAUGGGUUCAUCUCGCGCUCACAGACAGUCUUCACGGCAUUCCCAGGGGUUCCAUCUCAAAGACUGUGUGUUAUAUGUGGAGAUGAGGCUUCAGGUUGUCACUAUGGAGUUCUUACCUGUGGAAGCUGCAAGGUGUUUUUCAAGAGAGCUGUUGAGGGUCACCAUAACUACCUGUGUGCUGGACGGAACGACUGUAUUGUUGAUAAAAUCAGGAGGAAAAACUGCCCUGCAUGUCGUCUUAGAAAGUGCUACCAGGCAGGGAUGAUGCUUGGAGGCCGUAAGAUGAAGCGGUUUGCGGGUUUGAAGGUCAUGGGGUUGAAUCCAGCGCUGGUGUUCCAGGGUCCGUUGUCCCUGCGGGCUGAUGGUCAAACUGUAUCUUCCCUGCCCUGUAUGCCAGCGAUCCGUGAGCUGCAGCUGUCCCCGCAGAUGAUCAGCAUUCUGGAGAGCAUUGAGCCACAGGUGGUUUACUCUGGCUACGACAGCUCACAACCAGAGCUUCCCCACCUUCUCCUCAACAGUCUCAACAGACUCUGCGAGAGGCAGCUGCUCUGGAUGGUCAGAUGGUCCAAGUCUCUUCCAGGUUUUCGCAAUUUGCACAUCAAUGACCAGAUGACGUUAAUCCAGUAUUCUUGGAUGGGUUUAAUGUUGUUCUCGCUGGGUUGGAGAACCUUUCAGAAUGCCACCACUGAUUACUUGUACUUUGCGCCUGAUCUCAUCUUGAACCAAGAUCAGAUGAGGAGGUCUCCAAUCUACGACUUGUGCUUGGCUAUGCAGUUUGUUCCACAAGAAUUUGCCAACUUGCAAGUGACCAAGGAAGAGUUUCUGUGCAUGAAGGCUUUGAUGCUCCUCAACACUGUUCCUCUGGAAGGCUUGAAGAGUCAAACACAUUUUGAUGAAAUGAGACAGAACUACAUCUGUGAGUUGACGAAAGCCAUCCAGCUGAAGGAGAAAGGAGUGGUGGCCAGCUCACAGAGAUUCUACCACCUGACCAAACUCAUGGACGCCAUGCACGAGAUUGUAAAGAAGGUCAAUCUCUACUGUUUGAGCACUUACAUCCAGGCGGACGCCAUGAAGGUGGAGUUUCCAGAGAUGAUGUCAGAGGUCAUUGCGUCACAGCUGCCGAAAGUGCUGGCGGGAAUGGUCAGACCCCUCUUGUUUCACAACAAGUGAUCCAGACAGGAGGCUUUGGUCUGUGCUGAUUUACAUCUCUGAUAUAUGUGUACCACAUCUAAAUAACAUAGACAUGCAUCUUUCCAUAUACAAUCAUCCCCUUAUAAUAGUCACAAGUUCUGAUCAAAAUGUGGUAGUUGAAAAUCCAAUCCUAAGACAACAUGUAAUCACGCUGUAUUAUUAAACCUGCUAUUGCCUUUUACAAAACAUUACAAUCUUACAUAAGAUGUUUUUGAACAUUUUUAUGAUAAACACACAGAAUGUAACUUAGACGGUCUUAACAUGUGCUAAAAAUGUGGUGUAUUGAUUUUUCUAAGUUCAUUUUCAUUUUUCAAAUGAAUCCUUAAAUAUUACUCAAAUUUUAACAUUAGACUAAUUUAUGGUUAAAUUAUAAACUUUUUAUUUAUUAAUUUUUUUUUUUUUUUUUUUUAAAUCCUAGAUUUUCAGGAAAUGUGUCCGAGUGUGAUGAAAAGGAAAUGCUUGUUUGUCUCACCCUGAUAAGUGUGAAGUGGACCGUUUCCAUGGUCAGAUUUCACGAACGCACAGUGCCAGGCACCUUUGAUUGUACUUACAUUAACACAGUAUCUGCUCACGUCAUGUCAAAUUAAAAGUACAUAUGAAGUAUCUAGUAAAAAAAAAAAGAAAAAAAAAAAAAAAAAAA